CUUCAUCAUCAUCAUCGUUCGGUGUUUUGAAAAUAUUAAAAACUCAAACAAACUAGAAAAACCAAAAAAUAUGUCCGAUGAUCUUUUACUUGAUCCCGAUAUUCGGGUAUGGGUAUUUUUACCCAUUGUUAUCAUUACAUUUUUUGUUGGUAUUUUACGUCAUUAUGUUUCAAUAUUGCUUCAUUCGAAUAAAAAAAUUGAAUUACAGCAAGUGGUCGAUAGUCAAGCAAUGAUUCGUAGUCGAUUAUUAAGAGAAAAUGGUAAAUAUAUUCCUAAACAGUCAUUCUUAAUGCGAAAACAUUUCUUCAACAAUGAAGAUAAUGGCUAUUUCAAAGAAGGACAGAAAAGAAAUUCAGCACCACCAAAUCCAAUGACCGAUCCAUCAAUGAUGACCGAUAUGUUAAAAGGAAACAUAACAAAUGUAUUGCCUAUGAUAUUGAUUGGUGGUUGGAUUAAUUGGACAUUUUCGGGUUUUGUUACGACCAAAGUUCCAUUUCCAUUAACAUUACGUUUUAAACCAAUGUUACAACGUGGUAUUGAACUAUUAUCAUUAGAUGCAUCAUGGGUAUCAUCAGCAUCAUGGUAUUUUCUAAAUGUUUUCGGUUUACGUUCAAUCUAUAUGCUAGUCUUGGGUGAAAAUAAUGCUGCCGAUCAAAGUAGAAUAAUGCAAGAUCAAAUGUUCGGUGCAGCAAUGUCAAUGCCAGCCGAUUCAAAACAAGCAUUUAAAGCUGAAUGGGAAGCAUUAGAAAUCUGUGAACAUAAUUGGUUAUUGAAAAAUGUUGAUAAUGAAAUUAUCGCUUUUAAUCAUCAUCAUCAACAACAUCAUUCCAACAAUGUUCAAUUAAUCAAUAGUCAAUAGUUUUGAAUUGAAUUUUAAUAAAUUAUUAUUAUUAUUAUUCUAAUCUAUAAUAUCUAAAAUCUACAAUUAAAUUUCAAUUGUGAAAUUUCCAGUAAAUAAUUUAAUAAUGAUGAUGAAUGAAAUUACUAUUAAAAUUACGUGUCGA